AUUUGCUGUGUACGAUUUUAGUUGAAAUUGGGGCAAAUUUCAUGGAACCACCUGCGCAAGCAAUUGCGAAUUUCUACACGCCCGCCUCCUCUCCGGUCUUCACCGCCAUCGGAACGUGUCAUAUACAUGCGUACACACACACAUAAAUAGAGAGAGAGAGAGAGAGAGAGAUUAUUGAUCUCUGUGCUAUUAUUUUGCUCUUGCAUUUGUUAUAAAUUAAACUGCAGAGGAAGCAGGAAAAAAAAGAAAAGAAAGAGCAACAGUAAUUAAUCAUAAUGGGGAAAGGUGAUAAAAGUGGCGUAGGUAGGGCUUUGGUGAAGCACCACAACCAAAUGGUUAAGGAUUCAAAAGAGAAGGGAAAACACUACAGGAGCCAGCACAAGAAGGUGCUGGAGUCUGUGACAGAGGUCAGCGACAUCGACGCCGUAAUCGAGCAAGUCGACGAAGCCCACCGUCUCUUUUCCGACACCAACCCUCUAGCCAACCUCAUCAAUUUGGACUCUGCUUCUGGCACUAGUCAGAUGACUCCCGAGGAGAGAAGGGAGCAACAGAAGAAUGAGGAGGCACUUCAUGCUAGUAGUCUUCGUGUUCCUCGCAGGCCACCAUGGAAUGCUAAAAUGUCUGUCGAAGAGCUUGAUGCCAAUGAAAGAGAAGCUUUUCUAUCUUGGCGCCGAAGCCUUGCUAGGCUUGAGGAGAACGAGAAGUUGGUCCUUACUCCAUUUGAAAAGAAUCUAGAUAUAUGGAGACAGCUUUGGAGAGUGGUUGAACGCAGUGAUCUGCUUGUAAUGGUCGUUGAUGCACGAAACCCGCUUUUCUACCGCUGCCCUGAUCUUGAGGUAUAUGCAAAAGAAAUUGAUGAACACAGAAGGACUCUGCUUCUUGUCAACAAGGCAGAUCUUCUACCAUUUUCUAUUAGAGAAAAAUGGUCAGACUAUUUCCGCAAACAUGGAAUUCUCUUUCUUUUCUGGUCGGCUAAGGCUGCUUCUGCUGCUCUGGAGGGGAAAACACUCGGUUACUCCAAUGGGAUGCAAAGUAAUCCGCACGAGUCAGUUGAUACUGAUACUAAAAUAUAUGGCAGGGAUGAUCUUCUGGCCCGCCUGCAAUCUGAAGCGGAGGAGAUAGUUUCUAUGAAGAAUGGAUCAAGAUCUGAUAUCGGAGCCUCGAACAGUGUGGUAGUUGGGUUUGUUGGGUAUCCCAAUGUGGGAAAAAGUUCAACCAUUAAUGCUUUGGUAGGGGAGAAGAGGACAGGCGUUACGUCGACUCCUGGGAAGACGAAGCAUUUCCAGACAUUAAUAAUAUCUGAUAAACUAACUCUCUGUGAUUGCCCGGGAUUAGUGUUUCCAUCCUUCACAAGCUCGAGAUAUGAGAUGAUUGCUUCUGGGGUUUUGCCCAUUGAUCGGAUGACUGAGCACAGGGAAGCUGUACAGGUUGUGGCAGAUCGAGUACCUAGGUCAGUCAUUGAAAAGGUUUACAAAAUCACUUUACCAAAACCAAAGCCAUAUGAGCCACAAUCCCGGCCUCCCUGGGCUGCUGAAGUUUUGAGGUCAUACUGUGCAUCUCGUGGAUAUGUUGCUGCUAGUGGACUGCCGGAUGAAACUCGAGCAGCACGCCAAAUUUUGAAGGAUUACAUUGAUGGGAAACUUCCUCACUUUGAAAUGCCCCCAGACGUGUCUAAUGAAGAACAUCAUAUAGAGGAUGCUGUGGGACCCAGCUCCUCAGAGGUGCUUGACUCAGAUUCAUCUGAUGGUGAAGUACUUCCAUAUGAUGAACAUGAAGGUGCACCUAGUCUAGAGCAUGUAUUGGAUGAUUUGAAUUCAUUUGACAUGGAUAAUGGGUUAGCCUCUCACAAGGCCCCAGUUCAGAAGAAAUCCGCCAGUGCACCCCAUAAACAACACAAGAAGCCACAGAGAAAGAAAGAUCGAUCAUGGAGGGUAAGAGAUGGUGAAGCUGAUGGAAUGCCGGUCGUUAGGGUCUUCCAAAAGCCGGUAAAUACAGGCCCUUGAAAGGAUUAAAGGCUUUUGUUCUCUAAGAUGUUUUCCUGUCCUGGAUUGGAUCAUAAUUUGGUUCAUGUUUCUACCUCCUUAUUUGGUGCUUUUUAAUCUAUGUGAACUGGUUGUACUUAUUGAUUGAAUUAUUAUGUUUUGAUCAGAACCGUAUACAGCAGAGUAUUCCUAUA